UUGUAUGGUUUGAUUGCCACAUGCUUUCAUCUUCCUAUUGGGAUUUUUAAGAGCUGGAUGAUGGGAUAUGAAGAGAAUUGCUAGACCUGCGCCUUUACCUUCAGAAAUACUUCCAAAGUCAGAGUGGGAAGGAGGUCACAGCUGCUUCUUCCACUUGACUCCUAACAGUACAGCAAGAUGGAACUUUUCUUCACAAUUUUUCUGGUUGUUUUGGCUGUCCUUGUGGCAAUGUCUUUCUAUUAUGAACACCCCAAGGCAAAAAUCCCGCCUGGAAUGAGUCAGUACAAAAAGCUUUACCUUUUUCAUUAUAUCAUGAACUUCGGGUUUGGUCUGGCAACAUUACUGGAAAAAAUUGGUAUCACUUCAGAAGUCCACUUCCUCAGGAUUAUGAUGGAUGGAAUACCGCCACCAAAAGAUAAACAUCUUUUUAUCAAAGACUUAAGAUUUGAGAAGGUUAAAGUAAGAAUAUACCAGCCAAAAAUGUCAACCAGUGGACAAAGAAGAGGAAUCCUUUAUUUUCAUGGCGGAGUUGGACGGUUAGGAAGCAUUCAGGCCUAUGAAAGAGUAUGCCGCUACUUUGCUAGGAAAACCAACUCAGUGGUUGUGUCUGUUGGGUAUCGCUUAGCUCCUGAGUACCCAUAUCCAACCCAAUUUGAGGACUGUCUCACUGCCACCAUACACUUUAUGAGGACAGCACGAGAUUAUGGAGUAGACCCUUCUCGCAUUAUUGUCUGUGGAGACAGUAGUGGAGGUGCACUCACUGCUGCUGUUGCCCAAGCACUGGUAAACAGAAGAGAUGUCCCAAAGCUGAGAGCACAAAUCCUUAUAUAUCCUUUUCUCCAGGGUGUAGACUUUAAUUUGCCUUCCUAUCAGCAGAAUGAGGGCAUUCCCGUUUUGUUAAAGGAACGAACCGUCUCUCUUGGUUUGAAGUAUGUCAACGCAGACUUGUCUGCCGUAAAAAAUGUGCUUCAAGGUUGUCAUGUUUCAGAAGAAUUGAGACUAAAGUAUCAGAAAUGGCUGAGUCCUGAUAACAUCCCUCACGAGUUUAAAACAAGAGGCUAUACACCAAGUACAGAACAACCAUUCUCAGAAGAAACCUAUAAAUUGGUCAAGACUCUUCUUGAUCCUGUUUUUUCACCACUGCUAUCUGAAGACAGCGUUAUUGCUCAGCUUCCUGAGGCUUUCAUUCUGACCUGCGAAUAUGAUGUACUUAGAGAUGAUGGACUGCUGUACAAGAAACGAUUAGAGGAUCAGGGUGUAAAAGUGACCUUGUGCCAUCUGCAAGAGGGAUUCCAUGGAACAAUAUUCUUAGCAGUUUAUGGUAAGAUAGCAUCAUUCCGAUCUGGCCUCAAAGGCCUGGAAAAGAUAACAAAAUUUCUAAGGUUGAUGUAAAACUCAACCUGAUUCUUUCAUUCCCUUUCCUGAUUCCUAUUGCUCAUUGCUUGCAAAGAUUUUUCAGAAACACCUUCAUUUUCCUUUUCUUAAACCAUCUCUUGAAAUUUCAGCAUUUGAUUUAUUGUCUUUUUUAUCCAAGAAAUUGAUUUUGUGAUGGCUUUCUCUUCAUUUUUACUUACGGUAUGCAAAAUCAGAUGAAUUUACCUUUCUUCUACCAUCUCCUUCAAAGUUUUCUGUUGUACACAUAAAAGAUCUGCCCCCCCCCCCA